CUACUCUACGAUUUGAAUGAAGAUUAUGAUUAUCUGUGCUGAAAUCCUACAUGUGCUUUCAUCUUUCUUAUAUUCUAUUCGUAAUUGGGCAGUGCAUCUAUCUCACAACAAAUUAAGAUUGUGUUCAAUCAAUUUUAUCUGUGGAUCCUCAUAAACUGAUUCAACAAGUUCCAUGCGAAUGUGGAAGUAUGGAAGUCAAAUUGAUAUGCACAACGACAUCAUACUCCGACAAUCCUGCCAGCCCUCUUGCUAUUUGCCCCAAAUAGUUCCCUCUUUGGGUGUCAUCUGUAACUAGGGGAGCUUUUCCAGAGCUUCCAGGAAGCCGCCAACUUUUCGUUAUCGAUCCCAGAUGUCCUUAAGUCCAUUCCAUUGUGCAACACGGAACUCAAUAGUCUGCAAUGCAACUACAGUGAUUCGCUUCGACAAAGAAUUAAACCAUAGGGGUUCCGCAGGAAACGAGGAAAUCUUGUGACAAGGCAUUACUAAUCGAAUAUGCUAGUGGAAAGUGAUUUUGGCGUUGAUAGUUCAGUAUUCAACACUUGAGAAUUGGCUUGAAUGGAAAUGAAAAUCAUUGUGUAAAAAUCGUGGGUUUUGCGAUGGACUGGGUUUACGACGGUGUAAACACCACGGUACCGAGGAACGCUGGACCAGAAUGCGCAGCUUACAUGAAUCCGACAUGGAGGAAGAUAGAGACAACUUUUUUGCUUCUGUUCGCUAUCAAACUCUUCGAUUGGAGUCGCAAAAGAAUCAGCCUUUCUCCAAUGGUUUACGAAAAGAGGGAGAUGAGAAAUUCGAAGAUAUUACUCCUCGUCGUCAUGUGUGUCAUAUGGGGGAUGGAAAUAGGGUACAAGUUUUCAUCAAGAACUGUGAUAUACCUUCUCAAUCCCUGUCAUGUUACAACUGCGAUUCAGAUUUAUUUGCUGGCCGCUGCACCUAGUAAACUUACUACGGCUAUUUUUCGAGUCCACAUGAAUCUUUUAAAUGGUCCAUUAUUAGCUUUUCUUUUUCCCGAAACCGACACAAGAAUUUUGCCCUUAGAGACUGCUAUCUAUUGGAUACAGCAUGGAAUGAUGUUUGUUGUGCCUUACUAUCUGUUGUUUCUUAGAGGUCCAUACAAUACCGAGGACCUAUUCGAUUUCAGUUGGAGUGCGUUCAGUUAUAGCAUCAAUAUGAUAUAUCACUUCGGUAUUCUACAAACUAUUUCGAUUCCAACAGAAGUAAAUCUCAACCACAUGUUGUGUCCAGCGAUUUUGGAUCCAUUCGAUAGUCAAUUAUAUAGGAUCUGCGGUGUGUUUCAUCAAGCUUUUUUAUGCCCAUUCAUGUGUAAGUUCGUUUGUGUUACCUCUAAAUUCUGCUCGGUGGCAUCGGAGAUGAAUAAAUCUAAGGAUAUGGUGAUACCAGUGGCGGAUAACAAGAAACAGAUGGAAGUAGAGAAAAUUGACUAAUUCGGAUUAAACUAUAAUAGCUACUUAGGUAUAUGAGGAGAUCCGCGACUAUGGAAUGUAGGAAUAACGUUCACAAUACUUGUCCUUAUCGACAAUAUAUGCAGAAACUUCAAAUAGUUUAAAUAAUACAAUAUCAUGAAAAUGACACUACAUUAUAAGCGUUAUUUAUAGAAUAAUAGCAUUAUCAAAUGAGCAGAAGAAUAAAUUGAAUAUUUUGAACAUUUUUUCAGUUAAUAUUAAAAUAUUACUCAAUAUGAACACUCUAUGAGAAUUCACAUUCAUCAUCUCAUGAGAAAUAUUUAGACUUCGUUUCAGUCUUUGAAGCGAAGAAAUCUUUUUCUCAUUUGGCCUUGUGGGCCUUUUACCGAUGCAAUUUCAUUUCACCAAACCAAUCAAAAUCGGUUCAAAAUAAAUACUUAUUUCUUCGAGCACAAUUAUUGUAAAUGGAGUAAGUACCAAUUUGGUGUCUAGAAACGGGGGUGUAGCGAGGUGAUCAACCAAUAUGGCCAACGCCUUGCUACGGCUUUGUUAAGAAAACCGAAUUCUAAAUGUAGAUCUGAAAAUUUACCACCUAAAGCAAUAAAUUGUAAAUAAUCAGUUAAUACCUAAUGAAAAUCUUUAUAAUAGUGUUAUGUUUUAAUUAAAUUUUAUGAUCAGAAA